GGGCGGUGGCGGCGGCGGCACUAUGCAGCAGGCGCUCGGCAUCCUCGGCUGCUGCCUGGCACUGCUGCUGCUGCCGCAGCUGCUGCCCGCGGAGCGGGGCUCCCCGCACCGUCUGCGCCGGCAGCCGCGCCCGCCCGGGAGCCACGCCGGUGGCCUCGCCGUCGCAGAUGCUGCCUGCAAGAACCGGCCCCUUGACCUCGUCUUCAUUGUAGACAGCUCCCGCAGUGUCCGACCUGAAGAGUUUGAGAAAGUGAAAAUCUUCUUGUCAAAAAUGAUUGAUACUCUGGACAUUGGUGAAAGAACAACCCAUGUGGCAGUCAUGAAUUAUGCCAGCACUGUUAAAGUAGAGUUCCCCCUCUGGACCUACUUCGAUAAAGCAUCAAUGAAAGAGGCUAUAUCGCACAUUGAGCCCUUGUCUGCUGGCACAAUGACUGGCCUUGCCAUCCAAACUGCUAUGGAUGAAGUUCUCACGGAGGAAAUGGGCACCCGGCCAGCAACCUUCAAUAUCCCCAAGGUAGUCAUUGUUGUGACAGAUGGACGGCCACAAGACAAGGUUCAAGACGUGGCAGCAACAGCCCGGAUAGCUGGCAUCGAGAUCUAUGCAAUUGGGGACCGGGCAGACAUGAAGUCCCUGAGGAUAAUGGCCAGUGAACCACUGGAUGAACAUGUCUUCUAUGUGGAGACCUAUGGUGUGAUAGAAAAGCUGACAUCACAGUUCAGAGAGACUUUCUGUGCUGUGAAUGUGUGUGCACUUGGAGCCCAUGACUGUGAGCAGAUUUGUGUGAGCAACAGUGGAUCCUACCUUUGUGAUUGCUAUGAAGGCUACGCUCUGAAUCCAGAUAAGAGAACCUGCUCAGCUGUGGACACAUGUGCACCUGGAAAACACGAUUGUGAUCAGAUCUGUGUGAGAAACAACGGAUCCUAUGUCUGUAACUACUAUGAGGGCUACACCCUGAAUUCAGACAGGAAGACUUGCUCAUCCACGGACAUGUGUGCACCUGGAAGGCAUGAUUGUGCACAGGUGUGUUUGAAUAAUGAUGGAUCCUACAGCUGUGACUGCUAUGAAGGAUACACUCUGAAUGCAGACAAGAAGACUUGCUCAGCUGUGGACAUGUGUGAACCCGGAAGGCAUGACUGUGAGCAGAUCUGUGUGAAACACGAUCUGUCCUAUACUUGUGACUGCUACCAAGGCUACACCCUGAACCCAGAGAAGAAGAUUUGCUCAAGUAAGAGAAGAUUGCUGUUCUGUAUCUCCCAUACCCUCCCCAGCUCAGUACACGUAUUGAAGUAGAAUCAUAGAAUAGUU